GUCACAGGCAAGAGCCGCCAUUUUGACUGAGCAACCCUAGUGACAGGAGCCGAAGAAGCAGCUCAGGUUGUCCCGUUUCCCCUCCCCCUUCCCUUCUCCGGGUGACUUCCUGGGUCCCCUACACUCCACAGUCCCGGUCCCGCCAUGUCCCAGAAACAAGAGGAGGAGAACCCUGCGGAGGAGACUGGCGAGGAGAAGCAGGACACACAGGAGAAAGAAGGUAUGCUCCCUGAGAGAGCCGAGGAGGCAAAGCUAAAGGCCAAAUAUCCAAGCCUAGGACAAAAGCCUGGAGGCUCCGACUUCCUCAUGAAGAGACUCCAGAAAGGGCAAAAGUACUUUGACUCAGGAGACUACAACAUGGCCAAAGCCAAGAUGAAGAAUAAGCAGCUGCCAAGUGCAGGACCAGACAAGAACCUGGUGACUGGUGACCACAUCCCCACCCCACAGGAUCUGCCCCAGAGAAAGUCCUCACUCGUCACCAGCAAGCUUGCGGGUGGCCAAGUUGAAUGAUGCUGCCCGGGGCUCCGCCAGAUCCUGAGACGCUGCCCCCCUGGGUCCUGUGCUGGCUCCGGCCCCUCCCUGCUUUUGCAGCCAGGGGUCAGGAGGUGGCUCGGGCGCGGGCUGGAGAGGCAGAAGCCCCUGCCCGUCGGUGUCCCAGCGCAUGGAGCCCCUUGGGCUGAGCACCAAGACCUUGAACCUUUUUUGUUUUCCCUUUUUUUCCAAAUAAUUGUUGGGCGACAUCUCAGUGAAAUCCUGGGGGUGGGGUGGGGGGUUGGGAGGGUGGAGUGGGAGAUUUGGGGGAAUAUGAAUUAGGGCUUGGAGUUGAUAAAAACAUUCUUGACUAUCCUUAGCCAUGUGGCUGGUGUGGGGUGGGUGUGAGGAGGAGGAAGUAAAAUGGACAAAAGAUGAGAGGCUCUAAUUCAGCUCUGUAGAAGAAUGCCUUGUUUGCUUGGAUGUGGCUGGGGACCUGGUGUCAGAUAAAAGAAACUGACCGUCUAAAUAUGAAAGAUGCAGACAGCUCCUCUGGUUCUGCAGAGCAAGCUGAGAACUCAGUUGUUCAUUAAAAAAAAAAGUGCUGUCCUUGAAAUAGAUUUGUUGUGGGAAGAAGGGCAGUGAGCAUGGGAGAAGGGGGCUAUGAGCGUGGGGAGCCCCAUAGAGCCCAGGGGACUUUUUCAGUUUGAAAUAAAAAACAAAAGAAGACCCACAAAAAAAAAACCCAACCCAGAAAUAC